GUCUACAACUGACAUGUAAUACUACUCGAGUACUAGCUAGCUAGCUAGUAAUAGAAAGCCCAACCACGAAAGCAAGCAGCGCGGCAGCAACACAUUGCAGAGUUCUUCUUAUCGAAUCACGAGAAUGUGUGUUAGCAUCCCGGUCGCGGCCAAGCAGAUAUCUAUAGAAGAGGGCAGCUACAGCAACGACUCAAUAGUCAAGAAGUCUAAAAAGAUUUCAAGUCCACGGAAAGCUUUCCAUUGUUUUCCCCUUCCGUCAGUUGUCAUUCUUCUCCCAUAGAAUUCAAGCUUCACAAUUUUGCUUUUUCACUCUUUUUUCCGCAUUGCUCUGAUCAUCAUGUCGUUGGACAGUUUUCAAGAGAUCUUUUCGUCCUUGUUCAGUAGAGGAGGAGGUCGACGUCCCCAAGAACCUCACCAGCCAGGUUUAGAUGAUCAUGAUCAUCUCAAGAACCAAGCUGCUGCUCACCAAACCAAUGCUGCCGCCAAUGACAAUCUUAAGCAACCACCUAGUUGGCUGCUGCAGCCCCUGGCUGAUCCUGACAAUCAAGUGCGAUUGACCAUUGUCCAAAUCACAGAUGUAUACACCUUGGACAACUUUGCGUCCCUCAGAACCAUGAUUCAGACCAUUCGAGCUUCCAGGCAAAACAGUGCCAAUGACAAGGUAAUCACCAUGCUUACAGGAGACUUUCUAGCUCCGUAUCUCUUGAGUUCCAUUGAUCAUGGUAAGGGAAUGAUGAUGGCCAUCAACGAGACACCCAUUGAUUACCUUACCUGGGGCAACCACGAAGCUGAUAUCCCCCAUAAACAUGUCUGUCAGCAUGCCAAGAACUACCAAGGAACGUUUAUCAACUCCAACAUGCAGUCCCACGAUACCAUGCAGUAUCCAAACAGUGUUCCUUACGAGAUUAUUCAAGUCACCGAUGGACGGCACACGCGCAAGAUUGGACUCGUGGCGGUUCUAUCCAACGACCCCAAACUGUACUCCCACUUUAAGCAGCCCGCCUUUGGCGGAGCCACCAUUGAAGAUCCUUGGGAGACCUUGGCACAUUACAAAACGAUUCUCGAACAAGAACAUGGAUGCGACCUGGUCAUUCCCCUCGAGCAUUGCUACGUGCCAGAAAAUACCCGGACUUGCCAACAGUUUGAUUUCCCAUUGAUUCUGUCGGGACACGACCAUCACCGCAUCGAUCAGGUCAUCCAAGGGACACGGCUCAUCAAACCGGGUAUGGAUGGUGUCCACGCCAGUGUUGUGGAAAUUGUCUUUGACAAGCGUAGCCCCAAGCCGAGUAUUCGUUCCACCUUUGUGGAAACGGCACUCUAUCCGCCGUGUCCCAUUCUGAAGCAAAAGACGGACGCUGCCUAUGACGUCCUCUUGCCACUCCGCAACACCAUGCUCGCCAGUGUCUUGCCGAGUUUCCGGCCACUCACAUCCAAAAAUGCACGGGGAUCCACCUGUACCAUGGGAAAACUGGUUUGUAGCAUGCUCAAACAAGCACUCUGGCAGUCACAGCAACGAUCCAACAGCAAUGACGACGGUGACAACUCUUUGGCACCGGUGUCUUUGGCACCGGUGGUAGACGCGGUGAUCCUCAUGGGAGGCAACAUUCGUGGCAACGAGGAUUAUCCAGACGACAGCUUCUUCUCACUCGAAACCCUCGAGGCUGAAAUCAAGUCCGAUGAAGUCAUUGGAUUCGUCGACAUGCCCGGGCACAUUUUGGCAGCAGGGAUUGAAGCCACGCACAGUGGAGAACCCAUUCCAGGUUGGUUCCAGUACGACGAUGGCAUUGCCGAAGCAAACGGAAAAGUUACGACUGUGGGAGGCAAACCGCUUGAGCCACACCGUGUCUAUCGAGUGGCGACCAAAAUCAAGGAUCUCACGAAUGGACAAAGUCCUCCAUUCACGGCCUACUACAAGGUACACCCCGAACUGUUGCCAUCCAAGGGACAGUACAUCAACAUUCAUAGCGAGCUAAUGGCCUUCUUCGCCCGAGGCAUGUUUCGAAAGCUGUGGGAGGCAACCGGGGAUCUUAUUAAUCCCGAGGUUGCAGACGUGACAGUACACGACAAUCAAAAACCAAGUUCUCCGGAGCGGUUAGAAGGAAAACUACGCUUGUCCGUGUUGGAUCGGGAUCAGGAUGGGUACGUGUCGGUCGACGACAUUCACCUCGCACUCAGAGAUUAUUUGGGGCUCUCGGUCGACGACAACUACAAGACGUUGGCGGAACACGUCCAUGAGUUGGCAGAUGCAACGGGCAACGGACAAGUGACGGUGGAAGACUUUGAAGUCUUUUGUAGAACGGGCAUACCGCGGGAAGUCAAACUGCAAGAACCCAAGUGGAACCAAGUCUUUCCCGAUCCAUUACCCGAGAUCAGCCCCGUGCAUGGACUGCAUGGACUGUACAGUGGUAAGAGCCACCUCUUGGAUGCUCUUAGCGACACGACAGCUGGAGAAAGCAGUACUGGUACCGAGGCCAAGGACGAUACGAACGACGAUAUCACCGGUACAGACCAGGACGACAAUGAAAGUAGCCUUGGCGACCACUUCCCGGACAACAGACCGUUCAUCAAACGACACAACACUGAACCAACCGAACCUCUUGCAGCCAUGGCAGAAGGCGCAGCAGAGCCACCGUUGUCAGAGAUCACCGUUCAGCUAGUCGAGUAGUCGAGUAAUAUCUAUAAUCGAACCACUUUCUGAAUCC